GAGAGAGAGAGAGAGAACUUAUCAGAGAGAGACAGAGAGAUGGAUUUAAUGGGGAAACUGAGUUUUGUGGUGUUCAUAUUCUGUGUUUUGAUCUCUCUCAAGGAAGAAAAAGCUGAGACCAGAAAGGGUCUUCCCACCUUCACAUUGUAUUCAUUCGAUUCGAAUUCAACUCCCGUUGAUUUGGUUAGCAGUCACAAACCACUGGAAUAUGACUUCUACCACGAUACUUGCCCACAAGCCGAGAAAAUCAUCCGGUCGAGGGUUCGUCGUCUGUACGAGAUCCGCUCCGACGUCCCUCCAUCACUUCUCAGGCUGGUUUUUCAUGACUGCUUCAUUGAGGGGUGUGAUGCCUCGGUUUUACUGGAUUCGAUUGAUGGCGUGGAUAGUGAAAAAGAGUCUCCUCCCAAUGAAACGUUGAAGGGCUUUGAUAUAAUCGAAAUCAUCAAGUCGGAUCUCGAAGAAGCUUGCCCGGGAGUAGUUUCUUGUGCUGAUAUUCUUGUUUUGGCUGCUAGAGAAAGUGUUGUUCUUGCUGGUGGUCCAUUCUACCCUCUGGAAACUGGUAGGAGAGACGGAGAACUUUCUUUCUCAGAACUUGCAACAUACGAGCUUCCGAGUCCCCAAGACAAUCUCCCAAGUACCAUUGCAUCAUUUGCAUCUAGGGGAUUUGAUGAAAGAGAGACAGUCAGUCUCUUAGGUGCUCAUAGUGUUGGAAAAGUCCACUGCAAAUUCAUCGCCAACCGGCUCUACAACUUUGAUGGCACUAAUGAACCUGACCCAACCCUAGACACCGAUUUCCUCAAUCACCUGAGAUCAAGAUGCAACAACAGUCUCAUAACACUGGGGUCAUCACCUUCAUUAUCACCAUCUUCUGUAGAUGACUCACCAUCUCCAUCUUCUGUUGAUGACUCGACAUUUUCAACUUCCUCAAUCGGGGAGGCAGAAGUGGAGAUGGACAGUGAGGAAAGGGGAUCAGAUUUUGGGACUCUAUACUACCGUAAUCUUCUUCAAGCUAGAGGAAUCCUUUAUGUUGAUCAGCAGCUAACAGCAGGGGAAGAAACUGAGACUUGGGUUAGAGCAUACGCCUCAGAUACUUCCUUGUUCCGAAGGGACUUUGCUCUGGCAAUGAGGAAGCUUUCCAAUCUUGGAGUUCUGACAGCACCAAUGGGUCAGGUUAGGAUUAGUUGUUCAAAAGUGGCCUAAGAAAAUAUAGCCACUUUUUUUCAGCCUUACCCGAUAUAGUUUUAGAUUGUGUUUGUUCAAUUUGUAUAUCACCUACGUACACUGUUUCCCUUGGGAGGAGUUCGGAGUGUCUUGGGAAUUAAAGCGUGGAAUCUGUUAAAUUUUGUGGUUUCAGCUGGCCGCUUAUGUACAAACACUCGCAUUUGUAGAAGUUUCUCUGAAUUGUUAAUUGACUCAUCCAACAAUUAGUAAAACAUCUACUGUAGUUUGUAACGUUUGGUGGUUGUAUGCGGGAUUUUUCAGAGUGUUUUCAUGCUGAUUUAUGUCUUAAAUACAUGCACAUGAAAUAGACUUUUGAGAAAUGAAUGGAGACAUGUUGAAAG